AGGGCCGCCGCCUGGGCCAUGCGCGCGCGCGGCUGCCUCGGGGCCAUGGCGGGCCGCCCGCCCGAGCGGCAGCGGCGGACGUGGAAGGAAUACUCGGGCCGCGAGGCGGGCAAGGACGGCUACGUGUUCGGGGACAUUGUCCGACACCUCUGGAGGAAGAUCCAGGGAGAUGCGGCUGGAAACGAACAUCCUGCUGGUGUCGCAGCUCAGGGUGGCGACGGCCCCACGUUCGAGGCGAUCGGGGAGCCAUUCUGGUCCGUGCGCCUCAAGGGCGACGGCCUGCUCGACCCCAAGGAGCUGCACGCGAUCGCGACCGGCGCCCGCCAGAAACAGGACGGCUGACUCUCUGCGGCUUCUGAUCGCGCGCACCCCCCAGGAGGUUGAUGCGCGGGGCCCCCGCGGACCGCCCAGGGGGGCCCCAGAGGCCGCCGGUGACUGCGUCGGCGAUGGAGCCAGGCUCGGCACGGGCCCGCUCCGCUCCCGCAGUUAGCCCGUGCUGGCCGCCGUGCGCGCCCUGGCGUGCCCGCAGGCUUUCGCGCGGGCGGGCUGCGC